AUGGAAGAGAAAAAAGAGAGUAGAUCAGUUUAUGAUGAAGUUAUCACCAAGAAUCCAAUGUUUUACUUACAAGAAGGCAUUAAAGCUAUUCUAAAAUGCCUUGGUUUUGAAUCUUCAAAACUUGUUCAUCAAGCAUCAUCAUCAUCGUCUUCUUCUUCUUCAAGUAUGUCAGAUACUAAUAAAAAAGAAGAAGAAGAGAGUGAAAAACAAGAACAAGAGUGUGUGUUGUUCCAAGAAGAUGGUAAUAAGCAAGGUUCAGAUUCAACAAAUGAUAAUUACAAGAAUGACCCUCCAGUUGAAAAUGAUGAUGAAGAUCCACCUCAAUCAGAGACACUUAUAUUAGCAACAGAAAGGAGGGGAAGACCACCAUCAAGACCUAAAGUUGGCAGUGGACCUCCUCCUCAGAACAAUUAAAUAAUUAGUUGACAAUAUAUCAACACUUAAUUUAGUUGAAGGUCAUUUUAAUCGGUAAAUUAUUUAGAAUUUUGAAAGAUAAACUUGAUUAUUUCUAAGCCAUGGCACUAGAUAGACAUAUAUAGUCGUAGUAAUCGGUCCAAAAUGUCUCUGCUCUUCAUAGAUAUGGUCAAUUUUUAGACUUAGGUCUAGUCGUAUUGCUCUUUUAUCUUGGUUUGAUUUCCGUGUUUAAUUCUAUUAGGUCCUUUAAUUAUUUGUUUAUAUACAUAUAUUGUAAGAUAUUAUAAGGAUUUUUCAUA